UCACCUGGAGAAGGGUCCAAUAGGUGCAGAGCAGAAGGCAGGAGCGGGCCUGCUUGAAGAAAGCCAUGUUCAUUCUGAAGCAGCUUCCACUUGUGCUCUUGCUCCACAUGCAGCUUUCCAGGGCAUUUCCGGUAUCUUCUGAAUCCCCCAAAGGAAAAGAUAUAAAAGUUGUUCAGCGUUACCUAGAGAACUUCUACCAAUUACCAAAAGACAGAUUCCAGUUGGAAAAGAAGAAAAGUUCUAGUAUGAUUGUUGAAAAGCUGAAAGAAAUGCAGCAGUUCUUUGGGUUGAAAGUGACAGGAAAGCCAGAUGAGGAAACUCUGGAGAUGAUGGAAAAACCUCGCUGUGGAGUGCCUGAUAGUGGUGAUUUUAUGUUGACCCAAGGACACCCCAAGUGGAAACAUACCAACUUGACCUACAGGAUUAGUAACUAUACCCCACAGCUGUCAAAGGCUGAUGUAGAAAAAGCAAUUGAGAAAGCCUUUCAAGCCUGGAGUGGUGCAACACAACUAACCUUCACCAAGAUCUCUCAAGGAGAAGCAGAUAUCAUGAUUGCUUUUGUCCAAAGAGAUCAUGGUGACAAUUCUCCAUUUGAUGGGCCCAAUGGUAUCCUUGCUCACGCCUUUCAGCCAGGCGCAGGCAUUGGAGGAGAUGUUCAUUUUGAUGCAGAAGAAAUAUGGACCAAGACCUUUAGAAAUUACAACUUGUUCCUGGUGGCUGCCCAUGAAUUUGGCCAUUCCUUGGGGCUUUCUCAUUCCUCUGACCCUGGUGCCUUGAUGUAUCCCAACUACGCUUUCAGUGAUCCCAGCACCUUUGUGCUCCCGCAAGAUGACAUCAAUGGCAUUCAGGCCAUCUAUGGACCUACAAACAACCGUGUGCAACCAACUGGACCAAGCACACCUUCAGCCUGUGACCCCAGACUGACCUUUGAUGCUAUCACCACACUUCGUGGAGAAAUAUUUUUCUUUAAAGACAAAUACUUCUGGAGAAGGCAUCCUCAGCUACAAAUGGUUGAACAAAAUUUCAUUUCUCUCUUCUGGCCAUCCCUGCCAAGCGGUAUACAGGCUGCCUACGAGGUUGUGAGCAGGGACCUUGUUUUCCUAUUUAAAGGAAGACAAUACUGGGCUCUGAAUGGCUAUGACAUUGUGCAAGGUUAUCCCAAGGACAUAUCAAACUUUGGCUUCCCACGCAGUGUCCUAGCAAUCGAUGCUGCUGUUUCCUACAUGGAGAAAACAUACUUCUUUGUAAAAGACCAAUUCUGGAGAUAUGAUAACCAAAAAGAAUACAUGGAUCCAGGCUACCCCAAAAGCAUAGCAAGUACCUUUCAUGGAGUUGAAAAUAAUAUUGAUGCAGUUUUCCAGAAGGAUGGCUUCUUCCUCUUCUUCAGUGGACCAAGAUACUACGCAUUUAAUUUUAACACUCGCACUGUGACCAGGGUUGACAGAAGCAAUAGGUGGCUUAACUGUAGAUAAAGUUGAUGCAAGAUCAAAAUAUGUUUGCACACACUUUCUGAAUAUAGAAGGGAAGUCUAAUUCACUUAUCUGUUACAUUAGAUCCUAGUUAUACUUUUCUAAACUAUAAAUAAUUGUCACUGUAUUUAUUGGGCCUGUCCUGCUGAAAAUAUACAUUUGGAAUAUUCCACUAUUUGUAAAAGCUGAUUUAGUUUUAUCAACAAUAAGUGCUCACUUAACAUCAUUCAUAAGUUUUUGGAAACAUCAACUUUAAUUGAAAGAAUGCUUAAUAAAUCCAGGUCCUCAAUGUCAUUUACUUCCGUGUAUUCGCUUUGCAUUCAUCAACUUGCCUGGUUAUUAUAAUCAGCUGAUAUGGAAUGAAAUAGGUGGUGAGCACCAUCCCAAUGAGAAAGGACUUAAGCCUUUUCUGUUAUCUCAAUAUUCACUAUUUCAUUACCUAUUUUUCUGACUGUUAAAAUGCUCAAAUAUUCCUGAAUCUCUGCAACCAUGUCUUGGGUGUAUCUGCCACAUGCUAUUGAGUACUGGGCACUGGUGAGAAGUAAGGAUUAUGAACAACACAGACCGCAUCCCCUAACUUUACAGAAAAUGGGUGCUAUCUUCCACUCUGGGGAAGAAAUGGUGUUGACACAUUCUGUAGAUGGAGUUGUGUGCCCCCUUAACCCCCAAAAAUAGGUACCUGUGAAUGCACCUCAUUUGGACUAGAGUCUUUGCAUAAGUAAUAAGCUAAAAUGUGGUUAUAGUGCUUUUGGACAUGCCUAAGAAUUGGUGCCCUAUCAAGAAGAGGAGAGACGCAGCACAGUGGAGAAGACCACGUGACCACAAAGGCAGAGCUGGAGAGAGGGAGCUACAUGCCAAGGCUGACUGGCAACUGCCAGUUGCUAGGAAUGGCCAGAGGGGAUUUCCACCCAGAGAGAAGAGCACAACCCUCUUGAGUGUCAACCUUGACUUUGGGCUUCUACCUAUCAGAAUGGCAACAGAACACAUUUCUCUUUUUUUUUUGAGCUACCAAGUUUAUGGCACUUUGUUACAGCAGCCCUAGGAAGUUAAUAUAGUACAUCAGCACUUAAGAAAAUGUAUCAACACAGAAUGAUAAUAUUUGCUUCCCCUAAGUACAAAUUAUCAGCAUCUUCCUGGGGAAGUGACAAAUAAAAUGGAUACCCUUUGCUUUCCUGCCUUCUCCCUGCUUUUUCUGUCUAGAGUUCAAGCAAAUAGGCUAAUUUUGUCUUGUGUCCAGUUUCUUUUUAUCUGGAAUUCUUUGCGGGGAGGGCUAGGUAGGGAGAGCACACUAUAGAUAAUAACCAGUUGCUGCACAAAGAGCAAUGGCAGGCAUGAAAUUCAACAAAUCUCAUUAAAUUUAAUUAAACCAAGUGUAGAUGAAUAUAUUUCCUAAUGACUUUUUUCUGUUAUGAACUAUAGGGCUUUGGGGACCAUAAUGGCUAGUCCAACAUCAAAAUUAUUAUGUCAUAUUUGCAAUUGUUGAAUGUAAAUGCAGCUGAUGACACAAUAAAUGAGUAUUAU